AUGACUUCCGUCGAGGCCGGCCAUGUCGGGCCCCAAGACGCCAACCAAGCAGACGCACAGCUCGAUGCCCACGACGCUGGGACCGCAGAGGCUCAUCUGCCAUCGUCGGCAGCGCAGCAGCAGCAGGCAGAGGCCACCUCGGAGGAUGCCACAACCACCGCCGCACAACCACCACCAGAGGCGCCCAUGUCCAAAAACGCCCUCAAGCGCCUCCGCCGCCAGCAAGAGUGGGAAGACGGCAAGGAGGACCGGCGCAAGCGGCGGCGCGAGAAGCGCCACGACCGGCGGGAGCGGCAGCGCGAGGAGCGGGCGACGCUGCUCGCCGGGGGGGCCGACCCGGCGGCCGUGGUGCCCCGGCGCAAGCAGCAGCAGGCCGGGGUGACGCUGGUGCCCGUGGCACUCGUCGUCGACUGCGACUUCGAGGCCUACAUGAACGACAAGGAGCUCGUCUCGCUCGCCAACCAGGCCACGCGCUGCUACUCGGACAACCGCAACGCCCGCUACAAGGCGCACCUGUGGAUGGCGGGCUGGGCGGGCAAGAUCCGCGACCGGUUUCGCGACGUCCUCGGCGACCAGCACCAGCACUGGAAGGGCGUCGGCUUUGUCGAGGGCGACUUUCUCGCGUGCGCUGACGAGGCGAGGCAGCGCAUGAAAGAGCGGCCCGGCGAGAUGGUUGCGCCUUUGCAGCGAAGCCGGCGGCGGGAUGAGGCCGCGCACAACGGCGAGGAGAAGGGGGUGGACGGCGAGGGGCCAAGCGGCGGGUCCUCGUGGAUCAAAGACGCGCCCGGCGACGAGCCCUUCCCCCUCCCGGGCCCCGAGCCAGUGCUCAACGAGGCCUACCGCGACGUCGUCUACCUCACCUCGGAGUCGCCUUACACGCUGCAGCGCCUGGAGCCGCACACGAGCUACGUCGUUGGCGGGCUCGUCGACAAGAACCGCGAAAAGGGCCUGUGCUACCGCCGGGCGCGCGAGCGCGGCAUCCGCACCGCCCGCCUGCCCAUUGGCCAGUUCAUGGUGCUGCAGAGCCGCCAGGUUCUGGCCACCAACCACGUCGUCGAGAUCAUGCUCAAGUGGCUCGAGUGCGAGGACUGGGGGCAGGCGUUUAUGGCUGUCAUUCCCAAGCGCAAGGGUGGGAGGCUCAUUGAGGACGGCGGCGCGGCCGAGGGUGAGGAUGAGGAUGAGGCAGGUGAUGAGAGCGUCAUUGACAAGGAUGAUGGCACGGUAGAGACCAUGGCGACGGUGGUCGACGACGAGGCCCAGCCUGAAGCAGGGGUGAUAGAGCCUCGUGACGACAAGUCACGGUGA